AUGGCAGAACUGUACCCGUCGAUAACACAGUGCGCCAUCGUGGCUGCUGCCCUCAAGAUCCUGUUGUUCCCGGCGUAUAAAUCCACGGACUUCGAGGUGCACCGGAAUUGGCUAGCCAUCACGCACUCCCUGCCUGUCAAGCAGUGGUACUAUGAGAAAACUUCCGAAUGGACUCUUGACUAUCCGCCGUUUUUCGCGUACUUUGAAUGGAUCUUGUCUCAGGCAGCCGCUCUUGUCGAGCCUGAACUUCUCCAAGUCAAUAACCUGAACUAUGACAGCUGGCGCACCGUGUACUUCCAGAGGACGACAGUCAUUGUCACAGAACUUGUGCUCAUCUAUGCCUUGCAUCUAUAUGUCAAGAGCUCAGAAUCAAGAAUGACCGCCCACGCAGCGGCGUUGUUCAUCCUCUUGUCGCCCGGUCUUCUAAUAAUUGACCACAUCCACUUCCAGUACAACGGCUUCCUGUACGGCAUCCUGAUUUGGUCGCUCGUCCUCGCCCGGAACAGGUCAACCUUGCUGUAUAGCGGACUGCUCUUUGCAGCGCUGCUAUGUCUGAAGCAUAUAUACCUUUACUUGGCCCCGGCGUACUUCGUCUUCUUGCUCAGAGCGUACUGUCUGAGGCCGAAUUCAAUCUUCCGAAUCCGAUUUAGUAAUGCAUUUAAGCUAGGAGCGGGCAUUAUCGGCAUCUUCGCUGCAGCGUUCGGCCCUUUCGUAUACUGGAACCAGGUGCCGCAACUGCUCAGUCGGCUCUUCCCGUUUUCGAGAGGAUUAUGUCACGCGUAUUGGGCGCCCAAUGUGUGGGCGAUGUACUCCUUCACAGACAGGGUUCUCAUAUACUUGGCGCCAUACCUUGGGCUUCCUGUCAAUAGCGCUGCAGUUACCAGCGUGACCAGAGGUCUAGUCGGAGACACCGCUUUUGCGGUACUGCCGGAUGUUUCCCCACGAGCUACCUUUAUCCUGACCUUGUUCUUCCAAGCGAUUAGCCUCGCCAAGCUCUUUGUGGAGCCUACGUGGGAGACUUUCGUCGGCGCAGUCACCCUCUGCGGCUACGCGUCGUUUCUCUUCGGCUGGCACGUCCACGAAAAGGCCAUCCUGCUCGUCAUUGUUCCUUUCAGCCUGCUGGCUCUCAAAGACCGUCGCUAUCUCGGCGCUUUCCGCCCAUUGGCUGUGGCCGGUCACGUGUCUCUCUUCCCGCUCCUUUUUACCGUGGCGGAGUUUCCGGUCAAGACAGUGUACACCGUCUUCUGGCUCGUCUUGUUCCUUCUGGCUUUUGACAGACUGGCUCCAGCUUCACCCCAUCCCAGGAUCUUCCUAUUUGACCGCUUCUCUCUGCUAUAUAUCGCUGUUGCCAUUCCGUUGAUUGUGUACUGCUCGCUCGUGCAUCAGCUGGUUUUCAAGGAUAAGUAUGAGUUCCUGCCUCUGAUGUUCACCAGUUCCUACUCUGCGAUAGGGAUAAACCCGCCAUUGGAGCUUGAAGGACACAUCAAGUCGACCGCAGCCGCAGCCAUGGUACUGAUCAAGCGCAAACCCGUCCAAUAUGUCCCGCCGCCGCCUAUCCUAGACAACAAUGCAGAGGUCUGGGUCAUGCAAGAGACGGGCGAGGUGUUCCUGGACUACGAGAGCUAUCUCGAUCGGCGGGACUAUUACAAGCAGAGGAAGUUCACGUGCGAGAUUACCGGCCACUCCGGCCUGACGUUCUUCCAAGCCAGGGACAGCGAGACACAGGGUUCUAAGGCGCUACAGAGCACCUUCCCGGAAGCUCUACGAGACCCUGUGCUACGAAGGGUACAGUUCUCGCCGAUAUCUCGGAUUGACGAUCUUGACGAGUCGGUGUCUAAUUGCCUGCAGGAGUUCAAGGAAAAUUUCAGCCCAGGCGAGCAUGUCAUUGUGCUAAUGGAGAACGGCGACAGACUGGAAGGAAUUGUUCGGAGCCGGACCGAUUUUGGUGCACGCAUGCAGCCUGACGGCACCAGGAGCGAACAAUAUUCAAAGUAUCUCGUGGGCGUAGAAGCUUUACCCGGGCAGCCGAACGAGAUGUAUCUGUUGAAGGACCAGAUCACGCGGGAUCGAAAGGUCUUCACCAAGCAGACUCUGCGCGCUUUCCUCAGAGCAAACAUCCUAAGAGAACCGUGGCAAGGCGCGCCUUGGUUGGUGAGAGAGGAUGUGGCACAAGAACUUAAGAUUCCCAUGGACAUACCCCCGCAUCUCAAGCAUGAGGCAGUCAUCGCGCAGAAGAAAGCGAAGAAUCCGGAGUCGGGAGGAACCUUCUUCAACUUUCUAACAAGCCAGCGGGGAAUAGCUUUGACAGACCUCGGCCGGCCAAUGUUUGGCGGCUACGGACAUCAGCUGUCGCAACAGGAUAUCAAUAGACAGCUUGAGGAGGGACAUUACAUGUACCUGGAUGGACGCAAUCCCGUGUUCGCAACGGCACCAGUACCUAACUCCCUCAACAACGCGCCAUACGCCAGCCAUUUUCACAAGUUGCCCAUGCUCCACCCUGGUCCCAUUAGAGGACCACCACCUAGACCCCCAGCACCACCACCGCCACCGCCAAUCAAGUACCCUAUCGACGACCUAGACAUUCAACCUCGCCGGAACGGGCUCCAGAGACCACCACUGAAAUUUCUUGUGGACGAUCCUCCCACGUCUGCGAUAGGGAACGGAACUCAGACCGCUACGCAUAGCACGGGUAUCCUCAUGCAAUCGAUGGUAUCGUUGCUGGAAAUUUGGAACACCUUGAAUGUUCAUGCAGAGGUCUUUAUUCUCGACUCCUUCACGUUUGAUGACUUUAUGGAUGCCAUGCGUUGUCAAUCCGAGGAGCUAGAAUGCGAACUAUUCGUGGAGAUGCACUGUGCAGUCCUCAAGCAAUUGGUCAGUGCCGAUGGUCAGAUCCAGGUAUCACUUCCCGACCUCGAGGAGGAAGAGGAGGAAUCGGAGGAAGACAUAAGCACUCUCUCGACGCCGCUACCUGAAGUGGUUCCCAAGAUUGAGAAGAGGACCACGCGAAGCAGUCUGGCCAAGUCUGAAGCUGAAGCACUCAAGCAGCCAAGCCCAGCCGUGUCCGAUCAUAAGACCUCACAUCGAGCCGCAGAAAUGCUAGCCGAUUACGGCUGGGUCGAGAGGCUUGCAGCGCGUGACUUCAAGGACGGUGGCUGGCAGGUCGUCAUGGUCGGACUGCUUCGACAGAUCUCGCUAGAACCUCACCACAAGGACAUCUGCGACAAGAUUCUGGCGCAACUGGCCCCAGAUGAUGAGGAGCCUACGCAAGAGACCGCACGUCGUCAAUACAACAAAUUGGACAUCAAUGAUCGUCUUGCCGCACUUGAGAUCGCCGUCAUGCUUGCCACCCGAACAAAAGCCAUUCGAGAAUACCUCGAGGUGUGCAGUGCUAACAUGACCACGCUCAGGAAGGAGAAGAUCGAGUGGCAACGGAAGAGGAAGCCACUGGUCCAAGAACUGCAAGAGCUCGACGAGCAGCGGAAAAUGCUACUACCCGACAACAUGCCCGGCUCACCGCUGCAAGAAGUGAGCGAAAUCCUCGACACGUCCAUGACCGGCAUCGAAGACAGCGACAAAGACUCCUCAGCCUCACCUCCCGUCCGCGUCCUCCGGCGCUCCACGGACCGCGCCCACGACCGCAAGCGCAAGCGCGACGAAGAAGCGGCGCGCAAAGCGCAAGAAAAAGCCGACAAAGCCGCCGCAGCAACCUCAAAGCAAUCAGCCCAAUUCAAGAAAAUCCUGCGCGACAUCGAGAAGAAGAAAGAAGCGAUCCGUGAGUGCGAGGACAAGAUCCUGGACUUCGACAAUGAGCUCCGUGAGGAAAACUGCCAGCGCACCAAGUGCCUCGGCCGCGACCGCUUCUGCAACCGCUACUACUGGUUCGAGCGUAACGGGAUGCCGUUCGCGGGGAUGCCGCAAAGCUCGACCGCCGGAUAUGGCUACGCGAACGGAAGGCUGUGGGUUCAGGGCCCUGACGACUCCGAGCGCAGCGGUUUCAUCGACCGUGAGGAGCCUGCGUGGACGGAGUACCGCAACGCGUUCGGGAUGACAGUCCCCGAGCGCCGGCUAGAGGAAGAGGGACCUAUCCAGCUCUACAACGCGAACUCCUGGGGAUACAUCGAUGAUCCGGACGCCGUGGACGCGCUGAUCGGCUGGCUGGAUGACCGCGGCAUCCGCGAGCGGAAUCUGAGGAAGGAGCUCCAGAUCUGGCGCGCGCCGAUCGUGGAAUAUAUGCAGAAGAUGAAGGCGCACAAUGAGGCGGUGGGAGAGAAGAAGCGCGAGGCGGAAGAGGGGGGAGCGGGUGUUCAGACGAGGCAUAAGAAGCAUGUGGACCCGAAGACGCUGCAUCCGUGCUUAGCGUGGAAAAAUAGUCGUGCGGAGGGACAGCUUGGGCAUAAGCAUGCGGAGCAGCCGAAGCCGAGAAAGCUGAAGAAGGCGAGUGAGCGGAGUUUGAAGGUGCCGCUGGGACGGUCGGGGAAGCCGCUCACGAGGCAGGGGACGCAGUACGGCAAGCGCUGA